AUGGAUGAAGCUGAUUUCUCUGAAGAUAGAACUUCUCAGCAACAGGAGGACUUGCCAUACGAUGGGGAUUUCACUCAAAUUAAGAUUUACAGCGAUUGUAACUUUACCUCCAAAAAUGACAUCCAUGAUGCCCCAAAUAAAAUAAUUUCCACAAUAUGUAAUCCUCAAGAAAAGAACCCCCCUAAACGAACCUAUGGAAAUGUAGGCCUGUCUUUGGUACCCAAUAUAAGGAUUGAUAAUACUGUCAAUAAUAUAUCUUCACAAGAGAAAUGGAAUGCUACUCAUCUUCAUCCUCUAGGUGAUAAGGAAGGCUCUCCAAAGACCAAUAUUUCUAGUAUUUUACUCCAUCAUUUUUCCAAAGAGGAAGUAUUAAAUGGUCAAGGCAUUGCUUGUAAAACUAUUCCAGAGACCUCCCAAACUGACAGUCACAAUGAAGCUGUUAUUAAAAGUAGCUUUUUGCAUGAUGCUAAGAAAUCACAGCUAAAAGAACCAUUCCCAGAACUCUCGAAUCAAUCUCGCUGCAAGAGGAAUGGUGAAAACAGAAAUGAUCACAGCUGUUCUCCAAGCAUGACAGAAGAAAAUCCUACUGUUUUAGGAGGGGCAGUAGCUACUAAAGAUUGGUGUAAUGAAGAAAAUUCAAAUUUUCUAACUCAAAUCAAGAUCCAAACUGACAAACAAAAAUGUGGCCAAGGGCAGGCACUCCAGAAGCAAAAGACUGAAGAAGCAAGUUCAGGCAGCGGGUUCAAAUAUGGCCAAGGUCAAGUUCAUGACCUUGGCUCUAAUUGCCCUAAGGUUCCUCCUAAAGCAAAUAGCCCUCAAAAUAACAAAAUUGACGGAUCACUUACAGUAGAUAAGCAAAUCAGAUUUACACCUACAUUGAGAAAUAAAUUGGCCAUUGUGCAAGACAUUUUAGAAAGCAUGGCUAGAUUGAACUGUACUGAAAAACAUGAACAGAAAAAGGAAGCCAUGAUACCUCUGGGUCAGACUCAGGUGGAAUCUACAGUCCAUUUCCACCAGGAACAUCCUCCAGGAAUGGACUCAGACAUCAGUCCUUUUAAAGUGUCAUCAGCUGGUCACAGAAACGUUUCCUUAAAUUCUUCUUACAUAUUUCAAAAGAUAUACCAAGGUUGCCAGAUGUGUCAGAAGUUGAAAGAACAGACAGAUCAACUGAGGACAAAAGUAGAAGAAUUUUCUAAAACCAUAGCACAAGACUCUUCCCAUCAUCUGCAAGACAGAAAGCAGAUUCUGGAGAAUCUACAGGAUUUCUACCUUAAAUUUCCAGAACAGGAGGUUCUGGCAUCAGAGAAGGAACAACUGACUUCACAGCAACAGCUGGUCUAUAAGCAUGAGUACCCGGCUGUCAACAACUGUGACCCAGAAAGGCAGCAUCAAAUGGAGAAGAAAGGCCACAGAAAGAUCCACUGUGACAGGCUUCCCGGUGUUGAUCAGGAAAAGGCACUGCAUUCUGACUCAAAUUUCAGUUCUGAUAUGGGCCACGACUGCUGUUCUGUAUCUGGCACUGUUGUGCAGAGUAAUGAAUGCAAAGAUUGUGCCAUUAAGCUUCAUCAUCCCCAAGGAUUCUAUAGCAAGGAAACAUCUAAAGCCGGUUCAAAAUCAAAAUGGAUCUGUUCCCAGAGAGCAAAUUCAAAAUCCUAUAAAGAUGAGUAUGAGCUCAUACCAGAAAAAAAAUACUCUGCGGCUUUUCUGAACUACAGUUCAGACCCUGCUAUACUCUCACCCCAUUCCCACUCCUGCACAUUUUCUGGAAGCAGAUGCUUAUGCAGUGUUAGCAGCAUCAAAGAAACAGACCCUGAGGUUUUAAACAUGUCUUUGGGUCAUGCCAUGAGGACAGCCGCCAUUUUGAAAGAAACCACUAAUCAGAUGAUUAAGACUAUAGCCGAAGAUCUUGCCAAAGUACAGAGACGGAGGAGUCAACUGAAAACUCAGGCAUCCGAGUAUUAA